AUGGAAAUAAAGCCGAUUCUGGCCAGCCCAGCUCAGCCUUGCCUGCCAGCCUGCCAGCCUACCAGCCAGCCUGUGUGCCCGCCCGCGCGCGUGAGGAGAAAAAAAAACACGACCGACUUUGCUGUCGCUUCUCAGCUGCCCAUUGCUUCGUGUAAGACGGGUGGCAUCCGCCGCCGCCGCCGCCCACUUUGCUUUUUGGUCGAAUCACGCCUCUUGACCCGACCUCCACAACUUGGCCCGACGUUCCUCCCUGGCGCCGGCGACGCGGGCUUGCGAACUGGUACCCAUGGCAAAACGCCUGCUGGCGCCCCUGAUUCGACGCCUGGCCUCGCGUGGGCCAUGACUUACUACAGACUGGCUGACCAAGACGGACAGGCAAGCAAGCAAGCCAGCCAGACGGACCAAGAUGCACCGGCACUUGUCCAGACGGUGCCGUGUGCCCGCGCCGCCUUUUUGCUCCUGCGCGCUCGUCUGCCAUGA